AUGGCACAUUCUCAUCCUACUACAGAAUCAAAAAUUCUCGCUCUUGAACAAAUCAUCCAAUUAGCUGAAGAAUGGCGUUCCAAAGGGCAGUCUAUCGUAUUUACUAAUGGUUGUUUUGAUCUAGUUCAUUUGGGACAUAUCGAUUAUUUGGAAAAAGCUCGUCAACUGGGCGAUAAGCUAAUUGUAGGUCUCAAUACCGAUAAAUCAAUACGUCAGAUUAAAGGUCCAGGACGACCUAUAGUCAAUGAAUAUGCCCGUGCACGUCUUUUGGCUGCCCUGCAGUUCGUCGAUGUUGUAACACUGUUCAAAGAAUCAACUCCACUUGAUAUAAUCAAAGCUCUUCAGCCUAAUGUUCUAGUCAAGGGUGGAGAUUACACGACUGAUACAAUUGUUGGAGCUGAUUUUGUUCUCCAUAAUGGUGGAAGCGUCCGAAACAUUCCUUUCAUCGAAGGUUACUCGACUACAAACUUGAUCGAAACGAUUCAAACCAAUGGGAAUCAUGAUUAG